GGAGCGGGCGGAGCCGCGGCGGCCGAUUGGCUCCGGGCAUCACAUGCGGCGGGGCCGGGCCGUGCCGGAGCCGUGCCGGGCUGGGCUGGGCACGGCGGAGCGCUCCCGCGGCGGGCACGGCAGCAGCGCAGCCCCUUCCCAGCCCAGCGCUCCGUCGCCGAAGGGACCGCGGCCACCGCGGCCACCCCCCGCCGCCCCGGCCAUGAGGUCGGGCCGGAGAGACGCCACCUGUGCGGGGAGGUGAGCGGAGCCCCGGCGCCUUCCUCCUACCCCCGGGCAGCCACAGCGGCGGGGAAGCGCAGGGGGUGGAGGAAGGAAAAGGGAUAUUUUUUGUUUUAUUAUAUAUCGAUCUAUUUUUGCCGCGAUCGAUCCCGAUCCCGCAACUGAAGCCCCCGGAGGGAGAAGUGCUGCGCGCUGUGAUGCGUCUUCCUCUCGCCUCGGCUGCCAGUUUGGAUUGUAGCGCCCGGCUCCGUGCACUGCGAGGAUGGCUCGGUUUGGGGAUGAUCUGCCAACCCGCUAUGGAGGUGGAGGGCCGGCCGGGGCUGGAAGAGGGAGCAGCCGGCAAGGUGGCCCCCAAGCCGGCCAAAGGAUGUAUAAACAGUCGAUGGCUCAGAGAGCCAGGACUAUGGCUCUCUACAACCCCAUCCCUGUCAAACAGAACUGCUUCACAGUCAACAGAUCCCUCUUCAUCUUCAGUGAAGAUAAUGUUAUACGGAAAUACGCCAAGCGAAUAACAGAGUGGCCUCCAUUUGAAUACAUGAUUUUAGCUACAAUCAUAGCCAAUUGUAUUGUGCUGGCUCUGGAACAACAUUUGCCGGAUGGAGACAAGACACCGAUGUCAGAGAGAUUGGAUGACACUGAGCCGUACUUUAUUGGAAUAUUUUGUUUUGAAGCUGGUAUCAAAAUCAUCGCUCUGGGCUUUGUUUUCCACAAAGGCUCUUACCUGCGCAACGGCUGGAACGUGAUGGAUUUUGUUGUGGUCCUCACAGGGAUUCUGGCGACUGCUGGCACUGAUUUUGACCUGCGGACCCUGCGAGCUGUGCGGGUGCUGCGGCCCCUGAAACUCGUGUCAGGAAUCCCAAGCCUGCAGGUUGUCCUCAAGUCCAUCAUGAAGGCCAUGGUGCCCUUGCUGCAGAUUGGGCUGCUCCUCUUCUUCGCCAUCGUGAUGUUUGCCAUCAUCGGGCUGGAGUUUUACAUGGGCAAGUUCCACAAAACCUGCUUUUCCAACGAGACAGGUGAGGAGGUGGGGGAUUUUCCCUGUGGAGAGGAGCCUCCUGCCAGGCAGUGUGACAGCGGGACCACGUGCAGGGAGUACUGGCAGGGCCCCAACUAUGGCAUCACCAACUUUGACAACAUUCUCUUCGCCGUGCUCACCGUCUUCCAGUGCAUCACCAUGGAGGGCUGGACUGACAUCCUCUACAACACAAACGACGCUGCAGGAAACACCUGGAAUUGGCUUUACUUCAUCCCUCUCAUCAUCAUUGGCUCUUUCUUCAUGCUCAACUUGGUGCUGGGCGUCUUAUCAGGUGAAUUUGCCAAGGAGCGAGAGCGGGUGGAGAACCGCCGGGCGUUCCUGAAGCUCCGCAGGCAGCAGCAAAUCGAGCGCGAGCUCAACGGCUACCUGGAGUGGAUCUUCAAAGCAGAGGAGGUCAUGCUGGCCGAGGAGGACAAGAACGCGGAAGAGAAGUCCCCUCUGGACGGGAGGGCCGCCUCGGAAGGGCCGAUUCCUCAAGGCACGGCGCCGGCAGAGACUGGCAGCGGCAGCAGCUACAACAUGUUGAAAAGAGCCGCAAUAAAGAAGAGCAAAAAUGACCUGAUUCAUGCAGAAGAAGGUGAGGACCAUUUCACAGACAUUUGCUCCGUUGGGUCUCCCUUUGCCCGUGCCAGUUUGAAGAGUGGGAAGAACGAGAGCUCGUCCUACUUCAGGAGGAAAGAGAAGAUGUUCCGCUUCUUCAUCCGGCGCAUGGUGAAGGCUCAGAGCUUCUACUGGGUCGUGCUCUGCGUGGUGGCCCUCAACACUCUCUGUGUGGCCAUGGUGCACUAUGACCAGCCUGAGAAGCUGACCACUGCUCUCUAUUUCGCAGAGUUUGUUUUCCUGGGGCUGUUCCUCACUGAGAUGUCUUUGAAGAUGUAUGGGCUGGGGCCAAGGAAUUACUUCCACUCUUCAUUCAACUGCUUUGACUUUGGGGUGAUCGUGGGCAGUAUUUUUGAGGUCAUCUGGGCUGCAGUGAAGCCGGGAACCUCCUUUGGCAUCAGCGUCCUGCGCGCCCUGCGGCUGCUGAGGAUCUUCAAAGUGACCAAGUACUGGAAUUCCCUGAGGAAUCUGGUGGUCUCAUUGCUGAACUCCAUGAAGUCCAUCAUCAGUUUGCUUUUCCUGCUGUUCCUGUUCAUCGUGGUCUUUGCUCUGCUGGGGAUGCAGCUCUUUGGAGGGCAGUUCAAUUUCCAAGAUGAAACUCCAACCACAAAUUUCGACACCUUCCCUGCUGCCAUCCUCACAGUCUUCCAGAUCCUGACGGGGGAGGACUGGAAUGCUGUGAUGUACCACGGGAUAGAGUCGCAGGGCGGUGUCCAUUCCGGAAUGUUCUCCUCCAUCUACUUCAUCGUGCUCACGCUGUUCGGUAACUAUACUCUCCUGAACGUCUUCUUGGCCAUCGCUGUGGACAACCUGGCCAACGCCCAGGAGCUGACCAAGGACGAGGAGGAGAUGGAGGAAGCCACCAACCAGAAGCUGGCCCUGCAGAAGGCCAAGGAGGUGGCCGAAGUGAGCCCCAUGUCAGCAGCCAACAUCUCCAUAGCUGCUUUUGUAAAGCAAACUCGAGGUACUGUAUCUCGCAGCUCGUCAGUCUCCAGCGUAAACUCACCGGAAUUGGCGCGAAGUCGGGUGCUGACUUCUCACGUUUCUCCCGCCCUUAGCAAGCAGCAGAAUUCCUCCAAAUCCAAGUCGGUUUGGGAGCAGAGGACGAGCCAGAUCCGGAUGCACAACUUCCGAGCCAGCUGCGAGGCUCUGUACAACGAGCUGGACCCCGAGGAGCGGGUCCGGUACGCCACCACCCUGCACAUCCGGCCCGACAUGAAAACCCACCUGGACCGGCCGCUGGUCGUGGAGCCCCGCGGCGAAGGCAGGAACAACAUCACCAAGCUGAGCCCCGUGGAUGUCCAGGAGGUGGUGGAGCACCCCAAACCCACCUCCACUGACGGGGCAGAAGCGCCACGGAAGCACCACCGGCAUCGGGAGAAGGAGAAGCUGGGAGAGCAGGAGAAGGGAGACGUGACCAAGGACGAGAGCGGCGAAGCCGGGGCCGGCAACAAGGAGGAGCGGCACCGGCAGCACCGCAGCCGCAGCAAGGAGGUGGAAGGGUGCAGCAAGGAAGGGAAAAGCGACCGUAACAGGGGGCAGGAAGGGGGGAAGAGGCACCACCGGCGGGGCUCGGUGGAGGAAGGGGCCGAGAAGGAGCACCGCAGGCACCGCAGCCACCGGCACUCGUCCGACCGGCCGGGCAAGGAGGGCAACGGCGCCGCCAACGGGGCCCGCGGCGAGCGGCGCUCCCGGCACCGCGGAGGGUCCCGCUCCGGGAACAGGGAUGGGGAGCCCGGGGCCAAGGGCGACAGCGGAGAGGAGCCCCACCGGCGGCACCGGCUCAGGAACAGGGCGCUGUCCACCUACGAGUCCGUGGAGAAGGACAGCGGGGAGAAGGAGGGGGAGGCUGGCGAGAAGGAGCACCGGAAUCACCAGCCCAAGGAGAACCAGUGUGAGCUGGAGGCCAGUGGCAGUGGCAGUGGCCCUGGGAGUGUCCCUGUGCACACCCUGCCCAGCACUUACCUGCAGAAGGUGCCCGAGCAGCCGGAGGAUGCCGACAACCAGAAGAACGUCACCAGGAUGAUUCAGCCCCCCCUGGACAAAACCACCACUGUGAACAUCCCUGUCACCAUCACUGCCCCUCCGGGGGAAACCACUGUCAUUCCAAUGAACAAUGUGGAGUUUGAAAGCAAAACAGAGGAGAAGAAAGACGUCGAUGACUUGACCAAAAAUGGGCCUAAACCAAUCCUGCCUUACAGUUCCAUGUUCAUCCUCAGCCCCACAAACCCGAUCCGCCGCCUGUUCCACUACAUCGUCAACCUGCGCUACUUCGAGAUGGUGAUCCUGAUCGUCAUCGCCCUCAGCAGCAUCGCCCUGGCUGCAGAGGACCCUGUCCAAGCUGAGUCUCCCAGGAACGACGCUCUGAAAUACCUGGAUUAUAUAUUUACAGGAGUCUUCACCUUUGAGAUGGUGAUCAAGAUGAUUGACUUGGGGCUGCUGCUCCACCCUGGCUCCUACUUCCGUGACCUGUGGAACAUCCUGGACUUCAUUGUGGUCAGUGGGGCCUUGGUGGCUUUUGCCUUCUCGAGUUUCAUGGGAGGAACCAAAGGCAAGGACAUCAACACCAUCAAGUCCUUGCGAGUCCUGCGCGUGCUCAGGCCUCUGAAGACCAUAAAACGGCUGCCAAAACUAAAGGCUGUCUUUGACUGCGUGGUGAACUCCCUGAAGAACGUCCUCAAUAUCCUCAUUGUUUACAUGCUCUUCAUGUUCAUCUUCGCCGUCAUCGCUGUGCAGCUCUUCAAGGGCCGCUUCUUCUACUGCACAGACGAGUCCAAGGAGCUGGAGAAGGACUGCAGGGGUCAGUACCUCGAUUAUGAAAAAAAUGAGGUAGAGGCACAGCCCAGGGAAUGGAAAAAAUACGAGUUCCACUAUGACAACGUGCUCUGGGCUCUGCUCACGCUCUUCACCGUGUCUACAGGGGAAGGGUGGCCAACUGUGCUGAAGCACUCGGUGGAUGCCACCUACGAGGAACAGGGGCCCAGCCCUGGCUACCGGAUGGAAAUGUCCAUCUUUUACGUGGUGUAUUUUGUUGUCUUCCCUUUUUUCUUUGUCAACAUCUUUGUGGCGUUAAUCAUCAUCACCUUCCAGGAGCAAGGAGAUAAAGUGAUGUCAGAGUGCAGCCUCGAGAAAAACGAGAGGGCCUGCAUAGACUUUGCCAUAAGUGCCAAGCCCCUGACCCGCUACAUGCCUCAGAACAAGCAAUCCUUCCAGUACAAGAUGUGGAAAUUCGUGGUGUCGCCUCCCUUUGAAUAUUUUAUCAUGGUCAUGAUUGCUCUCAACACCAUCGUCCUCAUGAUGAAGUUCUAUGAUGCUCCAGAAGCAUAUGAAGAAAUGCUGAAAUGCCUGAAUAUUGUGUUUACAUCCAUGUUUUCCAUGGAAUGUGUGCUGAAGAUCAUUGCCUUUGGUGUGCUGAAUUAUUUCCGAGAUGCCUGGAAUGUCUUUGAUUUUGUCACAGUGUUGGGAAGUAUUACUGAUAUUUUAGUAACAGAGAUUGCGGACACGGACAACUUCAUCAACCUCAGCUUCCUGCGGCUCUUCCGGGCAGCCAGGCUCAUCAAGCUCCUCCGCCAGGGCUACACCAUCCGCAUCCUGCUCUGGACAUUCGUGCAGUCCUUCAAGGCCUUGCCUUAUGUGUGUCUCCUCAUUGCAAUGCUCUUCUUCAUCUAUGCCAUUAUUGGCAUGCAGGUAUUUGGGAACAUUGCCUUAGAUGAUGAAACAUCCAUUAAUCGGCACAACAACUUCCGGACCUUCCUCCAAGCCCUGAUGCUCCUGUUCAGGAGCGCUACGGGGGAAGCCUGGCAUGAGAUCAUGUUGUCCUGCUUGAGCAACAGAGCCUGUGACCCCCUCUCUGGCCUCACCAAAAAGGAAUGUGGCAGUGAUUUUGCUUAUUUCUACUUCGUGUCAUUCAUUUUCCUCUGCUCCUUCCUGAUGCUGAACCUGUUCGUGGCAGUGAUCAUGGACAAUUUCGAGUACCUGACCCGGGACUCCUCCAUCCUCGGCCCGCACCACCUGGACGAGUUCGUCCGGGUGUGGGCUGAGUACGACCCCGCAGCCUGUUGCCGCAUUCAUUAUAAGGAUAUGUACAAUUUGUUACGUGUAAUUGCUCCACCCCUGGGCUUAGGAAAGAAGUGCCCUCAUAGGGUGGCCUACAAGCGCCUGGUGAGGAUGAACAUGCCCAUUUCCCCCGAGGAUUUAACCGUGCACUUCACCUCCACGCUGAUGGCCCUGAUCCGCACAGCCCUGGAGAUCAAACUGGCCUCAGGCGGUGUGAAGCAGCACCAGUGUGAUGCUGAGCUGAGGAAGGAGAUCUCGCUGGUCUGGCCCAACCUGUCCCAGAAGACUCUGGAUUUGCUGGUGCCUCCUCACAAACCUGAUGAAAUGACUGUGGGGAAGGUCUACGCAGCCCUGAUGAUAUUUGACUUCUACAAGCAGAAUAAGAACAGCAGGGAGCAAGUCCAGCCCCCCGGGGGCCUGUGCCAGCCUGGGCCAGUGUCCCUCUUCCACCCCUUGAAGGCCACCCUGGAGCAGACGCAGCCCGCGGCCUUCAGCAACGCCAAGGCCUUCCUGCGCCAGAAGAGCUCGGCCUCCCUCAACAACGGGGGAGCCUUGCCACCCCCAGAGGGAGGGAUCAAAGAGUCCAGUUCUUGGGGGACCCAGCGCACCCAGGAUGUGUUUUAUGAAACCAGGAGCCCAGCUUUUGAGCGAGGCCACUCUGAGGAGAUCCCCAUUGAGAGGGUGGUAGAAAUGAAGGAGAUCAGCCCCACAGUUGCCAACGGAGAGCCUCAGCCAGGCCUGGAGAGCCAGGGCCGGGCGGCCUCCAUGCCACGCCUGGCUGCUGAAACCCAGGCAGCCGAGCGGGGCGCGGCGCCUUCCCUCACCCUGCUCCGUGUCCCUCCCUGUUCCCUGCAGCCCAUCCCGGACACGAGCCCCAUGAAGCGCUCGGUCUCCACGCUGACCCCGCAGCGCCCUCACGCCAUGCACCUCUACGAGUAUUCCUUGGAGCGGAUGCCUCCGGAGCAGGGCCACCACCACCACCACCACCGCUGCCACCGGCGGAAAGAGAAGAAGCAGAAGUCCUUGGAUAGGGCCGCCCAUCACAUGGCUGAUGGACAAGCUGUAGCCCACUCUGGAGAGUCUUCUUCCAAGGACAAGAAGCAGGAGCGUGGCCGCUCCCAGGAGAGGAAGCAGCACUCCUCCUCCUCCUCCGAAAAGCAGCGCUUCUACUCCUGCGACCGCUACGGCAGCCGGGACCGUGCCCAGCCCAAAUCUGCUGACCAGAGCAGGCCCACCUCCCCCAACGGGGGCCCAGAGCACGGCCCACACAGACAGGGCAGUGGUUCAGUUAAUGGGAGCCCCUUGUUGUCGACAUCUGGUGCUAGUACCCCCUGCCGGGGUCGGAGGCAGCUCCCACAGACUCCACUGACCCCACGCCCCAGCAUCACUUACAAGACCGCUAACUCCUCGCCCGUGCACUUCACCACUUUCCAAACCCCCACGUUCUCCCCGGGCCGCCUGAGCCGCGGGCUGUCCGAGCACAACGCGCUGCUGCGGGGGGAGCAGCAGCCGCCCCCGCCCGCCGUGGCCCGCAUCGGCUCCGACCCCUACCUGGGCCACCGCGACGCCGCCGCCGACAGCCCGCAGCGCGCCGCGCCCGAGGACACGCUCACCUUCGAGGAGGCCGUGGCCACCAACUCGGGCCGCUCCUCAAGGACUUCCUACGUCUCCUCCCUGACCUCGCAGUCGCACCAAAUCCGCCGGGUGCCCAACGGGUACCACUACACGCUGGGGCUCAACACGGGCCCCGGCACCAGAGGACGCAGUUACUACCACGAAGCCGAUGAGGAUGACUGGUGCUAGCGGCUCGGCGGAACCCUGCGAGGUGUGCGUGCUUAAUAAGGAUGAGUUUUAUCAUCUGGAGGGCUGGGAGCUCCCGUGGGGGCCCGGGGCCAGAGGCGGCCAGCAGGGCAGCCCUGAGAACUGCUCAGCGCCCGGGGCCAGAGAUGCCCCUGCAGCCUCUCUCUCCUCUGUUGUUCUUUAGUUUUUUCUUUUUGAUUUGGUUUUUUUUUUGCACUAGACAGAGGGAGGAAGAAGGCUCCCUCCUUCUGGGGAAGGCAGCGGGAGGAGCACAUCCCUCACUGCCCCCUCCCCACUGCCUUGUCUAGUCCUGAGACACGCACCAGGCGCCAACCCGGCUACAGAGGCGAGGAGCCAGGAGAAGAGCGAUCCUCACCUUCCACGAUGGAAAAGCAGAACUGUGGGUCCUUCUCAUGAUUGGCGCAGUUUUGUUGGGCUAUUUCUUAAUUAAUUUACCAUCAUAAUUCCCCCCUGCCAGGGUGGGAUCUGGGGGUCACAAAUGGACUCACACGAACAACGCUCGCCCCCCGCGUUUUGUCUCGUUGAGCACUGAGAAGGAAGAGAUGCACCCAAGAAACUGGGAGAGGAGAAACACAGCCCAGAACAAAGGACAGUCCUUUUGGACUUGAUGUUCAGCCACUGCAAUCCUUUAGGGCAGAGCUGGUGCCACCCCCCGAGCUGACCCUGCUGUGACACCACUGCCCCCCAGGGCAGGUCUCUAAUGUCACUCACCACAUCGGGUCCUUCACACUGACACACGGUAAAGCCACAAGAGAGCUCCUUUGUAAGGACUGUUUCCUUGCUGCUGAGACUUUUCAAUCCAUCCCUCUCUCCUGUUGACUGCAACACACCCUCACUGUUUUGUCUUGUUUACAAUAUAAGCUUGAUUUAGCAAAAAACAACUUAAAAAAAAAAAGGUCCACAAAAAAAAGAACAACCCAAACAAAAAGAGGAAAAAAAAGCGUAGGGGUGAGAAGAAGAAAUGUUAUUGGUUUUAUAUCAAGCUAUUAGAUAGAACUUUAACUUUUCAUUGUGUGCAUUUUUGUAAAUUGUACAGUAAAAAAAAAAAAAGAAAAAAAAUAUUUCCUCUUUCUGUAGAGAAUUAGUCCAACUGUCAUUCCAGGUCCCACCGUUUCUACCGAAUGCUCCAGUUGUUCACUACUAAGUGCCUAACCUUUGAAAUCUUUCACAGUGACGAUGCAACCUCUUGCUUCGAGGCAUCAGAGCUUGGGCGAGCGUGGGGAGGGCAGAGGGGACGGGGGCCGAGCAGCCGGAGCCUCGGAGAGGCCCUGGGGUCACUGUGCCCCAGGCUGGGAGCUUCCAGUGGGGAAGGCAAAUGUGCUUUGGGUUUGGUUUGGCUUUGGUUGGCCUUUUUUUUUUUUUUUUUUUUGUUAGAAUAUAUAAAUAUAUAUAUAUAUAUAGAUACACUUUUAUGGGUAAGAGGGGAGUGAUUGCAGCAAACAAAGCUGGCCUUGUCUCAUUGCCCAGUGGAGGAAAUGCAGGUGGGAAAGGGCAACAUCUGCAGGGGUGCUCCUGCAGGAGAAGCAGCAUCUCCCACAGGCCGGCUGAGAGAGCUCUGGCUGUGCAUCACUGAUGUGGAGGGCAGUUGGAGUGAGUUGUUUUUAUUGCCUGAUAAGAGAAGGUUAAAAAAAAAGUGAUGAUAAUAAUAAUAAUAAUAAUAAUCCAAACCUCUAACUCUGAUUCUCAGGGAUGAGAUUUCUGCGUUCUUGCAACUACUCUUAUGUUGGCUGGUUUAUUUCUUUUGUGCCCGUGUGGAUUCCUGCACUGUGAGCCUGGGAAAGGGGCAAACACGCUGUGCUGGCGGGGAGGGAGGCUGGGGACAAAGCCCGGCCAGGACCUCAUGCCCAGGGCUCUGCUGAGCCCUUGUAGGGCUGGUUCGGGGCACAGGGCAGCCAGAGGACAUGGAGAGGUUAAAAGGUAAAAGGAGGAAGGGUGGGAAGUGCUGGGCACAUGCCUAAAAACACCGCUAGGAAAGAGGAUAGGGUUGGAGAGGUGAAUUUUUUCAGAGGAUCUACCAAGCCCCGGGCCUGUGGAACUUCUCCAGGUGCAGCGGUCGCGUGGGGUAGGUGGAAAUCCCGCUGGCGAUCUGUUCUGUCCCUGGGUUGCUUGGAGGGGAUCAGAUGCCACCAAAAUGCUCAGGAGGUCUCUCAUGCUCUCAGCAAAGUCUGUCAGCCUCAGGCAGGAGCAGUCUGCUCUAGCGUGGUUCUUCACAUCUCCUGUAGCUCUUCUCUUGAGGAAACUCAACCCGGUUUUGUUCCCUCCGGUGUUUUGUUUUAAUUUUGUUCUGUUCAGUAGCAAUCUCUGGCCGAUCUCAUCCCUGGAUUCUGCUAAAGGAUAACUCCUGUCUGUAUCUCUGUCUCUGUACUCAUGUGCACUCGGAAUAAAGGCAGUAUGGUAGCCAGAGGUCACGGCUGGCAUUCCUGGCAUUCCCAAACGGAGGGCUAUGCAACCAGAUGACACGUCCGGACACACACCCACCCCACCACCACUCCAAGACCUUCAUCCAUCUGUAGCUUUAGCCGCUGGAUUUUCCUGUUUCAGGCUUCAGCACGAUUGUGACCAAAUGUUUUAUACAUUUUCCUGAAAUGAAGGCACAAACACUUUAUUUGAAGUUUUCCAAGGGAACGUUCCUAUUUUAUUCCAGGAAGUCGAGGGGAAGGGACAACACCAUCUCUCUGCCCGUGCAUGCAAACACUGUACCCACACUGGAAAGCAACAGAGGUAUCUUUCUGUACGGAACAAUUCUGUCUUUUCCCCCUUUUCCUCUCCCAUUUUCCAUCCCCAGCCCCCCAGCCCUGCACUAACACAGCCUUGGGUCACUCCAAUUCAUAGGCAGAACACGAAGAAGAAUCUCAAGUUGUCCAAAUCCUCCACCCGCCUCGUAGGGGUCGAUGACAGUGACAGACAAGCCUGACCACAAUUAUCCAUAACCCUUUCCCGACGUUUUUUUACAGCCUCUCUGCUGUCUCUCCAUCUUUCCAAGAAUCCUCAUAGUGAGUUGCCAAACUUGAAUUGCACCGAUCAGUUUUCUGCAUCCAGAACCAGUCUCGUAGUGGCUGUACUUUGAAUAAGUAAUGUUUGCAUGUAAUAUAUAUACAUAUAUACAUAUCUAUAAAAAGUAUGUGCAUGGAAAAUGUUUAUCUUCGUACUUUUUUGAUACAAUGUAUUCAUCAGUUGUUAAUUUUUAAUUAUAUUUGAUAUAAAUUUGGGGGUUUGUUGCAAAACUUUAUAUUUAAAAAACAGUGUGAAAAACGAUCAAAGUUCCAACCAUGCAACACAAAUGGAACUUUACCCAAAAAAAAAAAGGGGGAAAAAAUUGAGAAAAAAAAAGGUUCUGUGAUUGCCUAGUUUGCUGCCUGAGUAAUAUUUAUCAGCCAAACUUUGAAUUCUGCAGUUGUUUCUACAAUUCCAUUUUGUAUGAAGCAAAGUCCUUGAAUUAAAAUAAAAACUUAGCAAAAAAACCAACGUGAGCAAUUCCCAGACGGUGUGUGCGGUGUGCCUGCUGAGCGGGAGGCGCCGGAGGGCCGGCUCUGAGGGCCUGCCCACCUCCAGAAGUGAUAGCCUGGGAGAAAUUGCAUCCCAGACCGGGAUUUUGCAAGGAAUUGGCCACGUCUGUGGGGUUUUUUUUGUACAUAGAGGCUUCACGGAUGCUCUUUUUGAGUAGGGAGCUGUUUGGAAAUUUGUGGUGUGGAUCCAGCAUGGAGAUGGCAGUUCCUGGAGUCCAACAGGCAGCAGAACUGUAAAGUCAAGGGUUAAAACCCCCCAGCAGCGACUGAGUCUUGCCAGGUUUUUAACAGAGGGAUGUUUCUCCUGUAAAACGCUGGCACAGGUUGCCCAGAGAAGCUGUGGAUGCCCCAUCCCUGGAAACAUUCGAGGUCAGGUUGGAUGUGGCUCUGGAGAAGCUGAAGGUGCCCCUGCUCAUCCCGGAAGGGCUGCACUCAAGGACCUUUAAAGGGUCUAAUUCUAAACCCAACCCAGACUAUCCAGUGUGCUAGGUGUGUGGCUUCCUUUGGCUCUAACCCUGACUAAACCCUGACCCCAGUCCCUGCAGGUGUUCCUGGGGCUCCCUCAGAAGUCAGCAGCCUGAGGGGUUGGACUGGUGUCAGUCUGUCACGUGUCCAGGCCCUGCUGUAGCACCUGGAGAAAACAGAGUCAAUCUUAAUCAUAUUUGUGGAAUUAAUUGGAAGUUUGUACUUCCAAGGCUUGCACUGAGCAGAAAAAUCCAAGGGCUGUCAGGACAAAGGAAAGAACUACUCUGGAUAACUGGAGAAUCCCCUUCCUUCCUUUCCAGGGACGGAAAUCCACUGUGUUCCUCCUUUUCAGGGUCUUCUGGUGUCACACAACACCAAGGACUCUCCAGAAAUUCUUGGAUGCUGUAGAGCACUUUUUAGAGCACCAGGUGUUGACUCUUCUUCUCUCUUGUUGCAUCUUUUCUGAGACGAGACCACCCAAGGUCCCACCUGAAAUUUGGUGUGGAAUGAAAGGAAAAGGUCCUCAAGUCCCUGAUCUCCAGGUCAGGCCGGAGCUUGGGAAGGAGAUGUUUGGCUUGAGGUCACACAGUUCAUGGUUAGCAAGGUUUGGGGCAGGAGAACUUUCCUUGGCUUGCAGCCUGGUCUGUGCAGGGUUUAGGGUUCUUGGCUGGAUGACACUGAAGAGGAGGAUUUUUAUUAAGUUUUUGAAAUAUCCCAUAUAAACAUGAAAUGGAGAUUUCUGAGCAGGGUCCUAGGGAAGGUUUGAAGUGCAGGAUUUUGGAAUCAGUGUGGAUCAGUGUCCACCCUGACCACCGAGGGUACCCUGCAGGAUUUGCUUCACCACAACCACCUGGGGAGCUGGAAUCUGCCUGGGGGACCAGCUGAGCAACCUUUCCCCCUUCACAGAGAUCACAGAGACCUCCAAACCCACUUGACAACCCCAUAUGAGUUUUAAAAUCCUAAAAGCCUUUUGGUGACUCUCUGCCCUUUUAAUGUAUUUUUUUCCUUCCUUUCUCCUCAUUCCACUUGUGUUUUUGGGUCCAAGGCAGCAAUGAGCCCAUCAGCUUCUCCAGGGCCUGCCUGAGCCUGGGCUGAGGGAGCUGGAACAGGCAGGAUCCCUGAUCCCACACUCCCACAUCCGAGCUGCUGGAGCUGGAACCUCUGGGUUUGAGUUCAGCUGAAUCCCAAAAAUGGUUUUAUUUUUGUUUCUCAUCCCAUUCCUGGUGGAACGUUUUGCUGUCAGGGUGUUUGCCCCCCCAGGGGCACAUCUUUCUAGCAGAGACCACACGAUUUCCAUUCCCUUCAUUCCCUGUGGAUAAAACCUGGAUCAGCUUUUCCUAGGCCAGCACCCCACACCCGGUUGUGCCAUUAGGGGGUAGCAUUUUCAGGCUUUUUCUACUUUUUAGGGAAACAGAAAAAAAUAAAAAAACCCACUUAUUCAAAAGGCUUGAGAGUCAUUCCCUGGAAUAUUUGUCUUAGGAUGUAGAAAAUUCAGGCACACCUGAGCACACCUGAGUUCAAAGUGCUUGGGGAAUUUGGCUUUCUUUAUUCCCUGGAGCAAGAAGAGCUGGGAUCAUCUGCAGAUUCCUCAUUCCAGCCACAUUUCAGACAGCACCCACAGACUCCUACAUCCCCUCCAAGGUGACGGAUUACUCAUCCCAGUGUAUUCAUCCCUCUUUAUCAAGCCUAAGCAGAUCUCCUGAUAUUUUCCAGGCUGUGAAAACACCGUUUUCAGAAAGUGCCUGAUCGUGAUAACAAACCUCAACUCAACGCUGUCACUCAGCCACUCAGCACAUUCCAAAAUAUUUUGCAGAAGAGGCGAAUUUUGCAUUUUUAAGAGAUUUUUUUUAAAAGUCACUUGAGACCCUUGAAAGGGACUAAAUUGCCCAGGGUCACCCAGCAAGUGAGGACAAGGUUAAGGUUGUUCUGUGUCUUCCUUCAUGUUUGAAGUCACUGGGGUGUGCAGGAUAUUUUUUACAUCCACAGGUUUUUAGUAGGAUCCCAGUGAGGAGGGCUCCCUGGGAAUUUGGCAUCUCCCUAGGAGGGAAUUCACUUGUGGAGAAUUUAAAGGGGAGAGCAGUAAGAGAAAUGCCAGAAGGUUUGGGGACUGAAGGAUGGCAGCAACUGAGGCACUGGGGGCUCUGAGAAGGGUGUGCAGAUAUUUGGGGGUGAAGUUUAGGGUGGGUGAGUCAGCAGGAGAACAGAGAUCUGAGCAAACCAACCCUGAGAGAAGGGAUGGAAAUCCAGAAUGGAGCCCCUCCACCCAAGGGGGGAGGCAGGAACAAGCUGGGGGAGCAGAGCUGUUAAUUCAAAGCAUACAGUAUCAAUAACUGGAUUUUAUUCAUUUUAGCCUCACCUCCACUUUCUGUCAUUGCUCUGAAACAGAAUAUCUCAGCCCUGGCUUUGUCUGUGUCUGCUUUUAUUAUUUCUCGGGUUCUGGCAGCCUUUUUUUCUGCCCAGCACGACACAGAGGAGGAGGAGGAGGAGGAGGCGUGGUCCUUGUCCAGCUACUCCUGCACAAAAGGCUGGCACACCCACAGGGCUGGAAACCUGAAUUUUCUCUCCGAGGGCUGAGGAGGGCAUGGAUGUGGUUGUGUCACUGGAUACAGCAAAUGAAAGGGUGGUUGAAAAGAGGAUGCUGAGCUGAGAGACAGGACUGUGGCAUAGGAAUCCUGGGAAUUUGACAAGGGGAUUUUCCUCCUCGUGGGUUGGAGACUGUUGGAAAGAUCUGGUUCUGCAGGUGAUUCCCCUAAAAAAGACCUGGUUCUGCAGGUGAUCCACCUAAACCAGACCUGGUUCUGCAAGUGAUCC